UCAUCCUUUUCUUCUCCCUCUUCCUCUUCUUCAAUUUUUUUAAUUAUUAAUAAAAUCUUGAUUUAAUUCUUAAAUUUUUUAAAAACUACAAUCAAACACGAAAGUCUCUACCAUGUUUGUUGAUCCAAGCUCAACGUUACACCGGCCAAAGCUUGGAGUCUUAUUGCACUCCGAUCUGCCGUCAUCACCUCAAGUCGACCACGACCACGACCUCCAAAGCGAGGAUUCAGACUACUGGAGUCAGCGGCAGAGUAGCGCCUCAGGCGCCACCAGUUCCACCGUCGGUUCUCCAUACAUGACGUCACCAUUGAACUACCAAGGUAACACCUCUCCCUACAACAAAUCGCCAUGGCUUCUGCCAUCUACGCCACCAAAGCAUCUGAAACAGAACUUGAUGACGGUGCGAAACGGGCUGGUCGGGUCGCUGGUAAGGGAAGAAGGGCAUAUAUACUCGCUGGCGGUGGCUGGGGACUUGCUGUACACCGGCUCCGAUAGCAAGAACAUUAGGGUUUGGAAAGAUUUGAAGGACUUUACCGGCUUCAAAUCAAGAAGCGGUUUAGUUAAGUCUAUAAUUAUUUCCGGCAAAAUAAUAUUCACCGGUCACCAAGACGGAAAGAUUAGAAUAUGGAAGGUGUCCCGUACCAACCCAACCAACCACAGGCGCAUAGGGAGCUUACCGACUUUAAGAGAGUACGUGAAGAGCUCCGUGAUGCCGAAGAGCAAGGGGAGGCACUACGACGCCGUUUCGAGUCUAAGCCUCGACGAGGACCAAGGCCUCUUGUACUCCGCCUCCUGGGACAAAACCGUCAAGGUAUGGAGCAUUUCCGAUUCCAGAUUCUUGGAAUCCAUUGAAGCACACUCCGACGCCGUCAAUGCAGUCGUUGCGGCGUUCGGGUGCUAUGUUUUCACCGGAUCUGCAGACGGCACGGUGAAGAUGUGGCGAAGGGAAUACCAAGGGAAGAAAGGGAUCACCAUGCACGUUCUAGAAGAGGUUUUGUUGGAUCAUGAGAGUGCCGUCACGGCACUCGCGGUGAACCGGUGGUCCAUGGUGCUUUACGGCGGAUCUUCCGACGGAGUGGUGAGGUUCUGGGGAAUGAGAAGGUGUAACAAUAAAAAGCAUGGAUUCUGUCAGGAGGGAGUGCUGAGAGGGCACAAGCUUGCGGUUCUCUGCGUGGCGGUGGCGGGGAACCUUGUGGUGAGUGGCUCCGCCGAUAAGAGCGUUUGCGUGUGGAAGAGAGACGAGGAGAGUGGGAAACACGCGAUGCUUUCGGUUCUUAACGGUCACAGUGGACCAGUUAAGUGCAUUGCAGCUAUACAAGUUGAAGAAGAAGAGGAAAGUUAUGGGUGGAUGGUGUACACUGGGAGCUUGGACAACUCCGUCAAGGUCUGGCGCGUCUUGGAUAACGUGCCGCCGCUUCAUUCGCCGCUGGAAGUCACGGCGGCCCCCGCAAGAAUUAGUGUUAUUAAUAAUAACAAUAACAGGAUAAAGAAAGAUUAUUAUCGUUUCAUUAAAUCAAAAUUAACACGUAAUUUAUGAAUGAA